AUGAGUUUUAUCAUGAAGCUUCACAGACACUUUCAAAGGACAGUUAUUCUGCUCGCCACUUUUUGUAUGGUGAGCAUUGUUAUUUCUGCCUACUACCUGUACAGUGGCUACAAACAGGAAAAUGAACUCUCUGAGAUGGCUUCAGAAGUGGACUGUGGUGACCUUCAGCACCUACAAUAUAGGCUAGUGGAAGUGAAGACAACCAAGUUUUUUGACGCCUCAAAGACAGACCCCAUAGUCCUAGUGUUUGUGGAGAGCCAGUACUCAUCCCUUGGCCAAGACAUCAUAAUGAUUCUGGAAUCAAGUAGAUUCCAAUACCACAUUGAAAUUGCUCCUGGAAAGGGAGAUCUCCCAGCACUUAUAGACAAAACUAAAGGCAAAUAUAGUCUCAUUAUUUAUGAGAACAUUUUAAAGUAUAUAAAUAUGGACUCCUGGAAUCGAAGCCUUUUAGAUAAAUAUUGUGUAGAAUAUAGUGUGGGUGUCAUUGGAUUCCACAAAACUAGUGAGAAGAGUCUACAAAGCUUUCAGUUAAAAGGUUUCCCUUUUUCUGUAUAUGGAAACCUUGCAGUAAAAGAUUGUUGUAUUAAUCCCCAUUCUCCGUUGCUUCACUUGACCAAAUCUUCUAAGCUGGAAAAAGGUUCUUUGCCUGGAACUGACUGGACAGUAUUUCAGAUUAAUCACUCAGCCUACCAACCAGUAAUAUUUGCCAAAGUAAAGACCCCAGAAAAUCUUUCUCCUCCCAUCUCUAAAGGUGCUUUUUAUGCCACUAUCAUACAUGACCUGGGGCUUCACGAUGGAAUUCAGCGAGUUCUUUUUGGCAACAACUUGAACUUUUGGCUGCACAAGCUCAUCUUCAUAGAUGCCAUCUCCUUCUUGUCAGGGAAGAGGCUGACAUUGUCCUUGGACAGGUACAUCCUUGUGGACAUUGAUGAUAUAUUUGUGGGAAAGGAAGGAACAAGAAUGAACACCAAUGAUGUUAAGGCCCUGCUCGAUACUCAGAAUCUUUUGCGUGCACAAAUCAGAAAUUUUACAUUCAACUUGGGAUUUUCAGGGAAAUUUUACCAUACAGGAACUGAAAAGGAAGAUGAAGGAGAUGACUGUCUGCUGGGGUCUGUCGAUGAGUUCUGGUGGUUUCCUCACAUGUGGAGCCAUAUGCAGCCCCACCUGUUCCACAAUGAGUCGUCUUUGGUGGAGCAGAUGAUUCUCAACAAAAAAUUUGCCUUAGUUCUUCCAAGACAAACCUGUGGGCUUUUUACUCACACAAUUUUCUACAAAGAAUAUCCAGGAGGCCCUAAAGAGCUGGACAAGAGUAUCCGAGGAGGUGAACUUUUUUUCACUGUGGUCCUCAACCCAAUCAGCAUUUUCAUGACCCAUUUGUCCAACUAUGGGAACGACCGACUGGGAUUAUAUACAUUUGUUAAUCUUGCCAAUUUCGUGCAGAGCUGGACCAACCUGCGACUUCAGACUUUGCCUCCAGUGCAACUGGCUCACAAGUAUUUUGAGCUCUUUCCUGAUCAAAAAGACCCUCUCUGGCAGAAUCCCUGUGAUGACAAACGCCACAGAGACAUUUGGUCUAAAGAAAAAACUUGUGAUCGCUUACCAAAAUUUUUGGUAAUAGGACCCCAGAAAACUGGCACCACUGCUUUGUACUUGUUCCUGGUUAUGCAUCCUUCCAUCAUUAGUAACUCCCCCAGCCCAAAAACCUUUGAGGAGGUACAGUUCUUUAAUAGAAAUAACUACCACAGGGGGAUUGAUUGGUAUAUGGACUUCUUCCCAGUCCCAUCGAAUGUCACCACUGACUUUCUGUUUGAGAAGAGUGCCAAUUACUUCCACUCAGAGGAAGCUCCUAAAAGAGCUGCUUCUCUGGUCCCCAAAGCAAAGAUCAUCACCAUUCUCAUUGAUCCAUCAGACCGAGCAUACUCCUGGUAUCAGCAUCAGCGAUCGCAUGAAGACCCUGCAGCUCUGAAGUUUAGCUUCUACGAAGUGAUAUCAGCUGGGCCCCGUGCACCAUCCGAGCUUAGAGCUUUGCAGAAGAGAUGUUUGGUUCCCGGGUGGUAUGCCAGCCACAUUGAGAGAUGGCUUGUUUAUUUCCCCCCAUUUCAGAUGCUAAUUAUCGAUGGGCAACAGCUAAAAACUGAUCCUGCUACAGUGAUGGAUGAUGUACAGAAAUUUCUAGGAGUCUCUCCUCAUUAUAAUUACUCGGAAGCUUUAACUUUUGAUUCUCAUAAAGGUUUCUGGUGUCAGUUACUAGAAGAAGGUAAAACAAAAUGCCUUGGAAGGAGUAAAGGAAGAAAAUACCCUCCAAUGGAUUCUGAUAGCAGAGCAUUUCUGUCAAGCUACUAUCGAGAUCACAACAUGGAACUCUCAAAGCUGCUGCACAAACUGGGACAUCCUCUGCCAUCCUGGCUGAGACAGGAGCUGCAGAAAGUGAGAUAGCACUGAGAGAAACUUGAGAAUUCAUCUUCCAUGUAAAAAGCACCUUUUCCAAAGCUUCCAGAAGCUACCAAAAGGCUGUUGGAAAAUAUACCUCUUCAAACAAGAAAAAAGAACAAAGUUCCUUCCAUGUGCUGGCAUGUGGAUGAUUAGAAAAAGAAAAAAGAAAAUAUAUCUGUUACAAGCCUUGAGGCCUAUGGCCUUUCUCUAAACCCAUAUCUGAGCCUGUGGGAUUAUUGUAGACUACUGUGCAUUCAUGUGGAAGUCAAUUGCAACCAACAUAAAUACCAAACACAAUGCAGAACUGUUCCAUUUCAGAGUAAUAUUUACACUUUUGUAUAUCAACUAAGAUUGUGUCUGUAGAUUUUUAGACCAUUGUUUGCCUGUAUGAUGUUUUCUUAUUCUUUGAUUCUAUAAAGUGUCCUACAAAACAAGAAGCGAAAUAAACAUCACAAUGUAGCAUAAAAUGUCAAAAGCCUAACACCCAUGAAAAAUGCCUGCCAAAAUUUAAAUCCACUGAAGUAUUUAAAAAGAAUUGUAAAUUAUAAUUUGUGCUAGAUCAGAGAGUGGAAAAGUUAUAUAUGAACUUUAUCUACAACAACAAGAAAGAUAAGUUCUAUAGCAAAAAAAAUGAUUUUUUAUAUAGUCUAGUGCAUUUAUGUAAAAAUUGCUAACUCCAUUAUAAUGUAACUAUUAUGCUGAAAUACAUAUUGUAAUGCUGUUGGAUGGUAAAUAGAAACACACUGAGUAUACCAGAACAAUAAAUAAUACUGUAAAGUGUACUGACCAAAUCCU